GCUCGAGAUGCCGUAGAGGGGGCUCAGCUUCUUGCCCAAACCAGGCGUGUGGAUGCAUUUGAGGCCGAGCUUGAUAGAGAACAAAAGAAAGAGGGAUAGGGGGUCCACCGAAACAGCGCAGUUUACUGGUUUACGUGCCAUUGUUAGUGGGCGAAGAUAGGCACAACGACUAGACGCGCUCAGACGCCUAGAAGCACCCAUGCGUGCCGGAAUGAGCAACCGACGGCGAGCAAACGAUACGAAGUAGCACCGGGCCUCCUUAUCUCACGAAGCCCCAUCAAGUCGUCCCUCUCUACUCUUUCCAACAUCCAUUUACGACACCCACUUCCCCCGUUACGCUGUCUUUGCCUUGACCCAUGAAUCCAGGAUAUGCCUCCGGUGGAGCAACGACGGGAAUCGUCACGCAAUAAGGCCCGGGUCAAGCGGGCUAAGACGUAUUCCGGUUGUUGGACUUGCCGUUCACGCAAGGUCAAAUGUGGCGAAGAGAAACCAACAUGCCGGCGGUGCAACUUGGCCUCGCUGGUUUGUCAGGGUUACCACGUGGAGCUCGUAUGGAGUCCCGCCGACGGGGAAGACGGUAGAAACUUAGUUACUCGCCGAACUAUGCUGGAUGGGCACGAAUCUUUCCGACCUAUUCUCAGUUACCGGAGCCUUCAGUCAGCGUUGACCAACAUCGAUGCUUCCAAGGGAGAGACCGAUUUGCAAGUUGGUCCCUUUUCCGUGUUUUCUCUCUCACAGCCGACUCGAGCCAGGGCCAUCGUUUGCGAAGGACCCGUACAGCGUACUGGCAAUGGAAGCGCCAAGGACAUCGAUGAGAAUGAGGUUCUUUCAUCGCCCGAUCCUAGUUGGAUUGAUACGUCGUCUCAAAGUAGCAUCAACGAGGGGGAUGAGAAUUCUUUACUUGGGAAUGCUACCGUUGGGAAUGCUCCAGAUGAGAAUACUCCACAUGAAAAUACCCCACAUGACGACUCAAUCGACGACGUUGUCACAGAUGGCAUGUCAGGCACAACCGCGAUGGCAAGACUGAAGCAAAGAAUCACUCCACACCUCGUUCCGUAUCUCUCAUCAUCCUCGCCCGAAGAACGCCAACUUCUCCAUUAUUGGAUUACGAAUUUAAGCGGAAUGAUGAUCCCGACACCACGUCAAGACAACCCCUUCCAAACCAUAUUCAUCCCACUAGCGCUAUCCGCGGCAGAUGCCGGAGACCCAGCAUCGGGAAAUGCUGCCCUAUUGCAUGCUAUCUAUGCUCUCUCUGCGUUCAAUCGAGCGCAAGUAUCAGCGACCAAAGACCAUUUCCUCUCUGUCGGCACCAAACAUCACCUGAAAAGCCUCGAAUACUUGCGGCGUAAUUUGGUGAGGACUGACGAGAGUCAGAAAGAGGCCCUUUUAGCUGCCAUCAUCGCCAUGUCCUCGAUUGAAGUCAUUCGAGGCACUUCCUCAUCCUGGCGGGUCCAUCUGACUGGCGGGAGAACCUGGCUUGAGGCUAUUCAUGCCCAAGAUUGGGCUGAUAACCACAAUGCCAACACUCUUCGUCAGAUUUUCCUCUGUGUCGAGGCUCUGAACCCAGGAAAUAGGAGAAGGGUAGGAGAUGUAACAAGCUCAGAUGAUACAUUCUCCGAAAGUGGUGCGAUCGAGACAAUGACUGGCCCGGGAUCCAUCAGGUCUGGCUAUAUCCUAGAUAAAAUAUUUGGCAUCACAGAGCCAAUAUUCCACGCUCUGCUCCGCAUCAACCAACUUUCCCGACGUGUUUGUCCAGCGCUAACCGAAGAGUUGGACGAGCUGGAACGUCACAUCCGAUUGAGCGACCCAGACGCCCUAGUAGCAAACGCACAUGACGAAUACGACCAACUCACCCAAAACCAUGCCUGCGCAUUCUACAACGCUUGUUUAAUCCAUUUCCAUCGUACGCUGAAAAGGACCGCUCCGGCAAGGCUUCAACGCCUCGUCCAACGAAGUCUGUACCAUCUAGGCGAGAUCGCCAAACUUGAGACGGACAUGAACGUCUGCGGGCUCCUUUGGCCUCUCUUCAUCACCGCCUGCGAGGUCGAAGGCUCCAGUAAUCUGAGACAAGCGUGUAUUCGCCUAUUUGAGAAGGGAAAGCUUUUCGGUAUCGGCAACAUGUGUUCAGCCGCCGCCAUUGUCCUCGAAGUCUGGCGUCACAGGGACGACGACACGCUGGGUGCGGAUGUUCAUUGGCAAGACGUGAUGGAUGAUCUAGGCGUUGAUAUUCUCCUCACCUGAAAUACUCUAGUCUUGUAUUUCUAAUGCGAUAAUAUACAAUCGUGACUCCAAUCCCGUCACUGGCUGGGCAGCCACAGGUAAAAUGGACAAAGUUGAUCUAUGCUAUAACGCAUGUACUAUGGAAGA